AUAAAAUGCUGCGAUUAGUUUGAGAUCCUCUGAUAUAAGCGCUCCGACCUCCGUUCUCGCUCUCCCCAUUCCCCAUCCUCUCCCUCAUCGUUGUUUGGUAGAAGGGGUAGAGAGAGAGGGAGAGAGCAGGGAGCGAAUAGAGACGGAGAGGAAGAGAGCGAUCUUGGGGGUUGUUAAUUCCAGAACAUAAAAUGAAGAACAAAGAUUCUAAGCCGGCCACUUAUCCUGAUAAAACUUCCAGGAUAGUUCCUGUGACCUUAAUGUUUAUAGUACUAUGUGGAUUCUCAUUCUAUCUUGGGGGCAUAUUUUGCUCUGAAAAGAACAGGUUUUUUAAGAAGGAUGUGACACCAGUGAUUCAGUUUCGCAAGGAAACUGCAGUGGCUCCUCUUCAAAUUAAGUCUCUUGCAUUCCCUGAGUGUAGUAGUGAUUAUCAAGAUUACACGCCAUGUACAGACCCUAAGAGAUGGAAGAAAUAUGGUAAUUACAGGCUUAGUUUCAUGGAACGCCAUUGUCCGCCAAUGACUGAAAGGAAAGAAUGCUUAGUACCUCCACCUGAUGGAUACAAGCCACCAAUCAGAUGGCCAAAGAGCAGAGAUGAGUGCUGGUACAGAAAUGUACCUUAUGACUGGAUAAACAAUCAGAAAUCAAAUCAACACUGGCUGAGGAAAGAAGGUGAAAAAUUUUUCUUCCCUGGCGGAGGCACCAUGUUUCCCAAUGGAGUUGGUGCCUAUGUUGACUCGAUGCAAAAACUGAUUCCGGGAAUGAAAGAUGGAACUAUCCGGACUGCCAUUGAUACUGGGUGUGGGGUUGCAAGUUGGGGAGGUGAUUUGUUAGACCGUGGAAUUUUAACUGUUUCUCUUGCACCUAGAGAUAAUCAUGAGGCUCAAGUACAGUUUGCCCUUGAACGUGGCAUUCCAGCAAUUUUAGGCAUCAUUUCUACUCAACGUCUUCCUUUCCCGUCCAAUUCAUUUGAUAUGGCUCACUGCUCCAGAUGCCUUAUCCCAUGGGCAGAAUUUGAUGGUAUUUACCUGCUAGAAAUACACCGGAUUCUUCGGCCUGGUGGCUUCUGGGUGCUCUCUGGACCACCUAUAAACUACGAAAACCGAUGGCGUGGGUGGAACACCACAGUACAAGAACAGAAAGCAGAUUUUGAUAAAUUAAAGAAGUUGCUAGCAAGCAUGUGUUUCAAAUUGUACAAUAAAAAGGAUGACAUUGCUGUGUGGCAAAAAUCUCCUGAUAAUAGCUGUUAUAAUCAUGGCACUCCAGCAUCUUACCCACCAAAAUGUGAUGACAGCAUGGAUCCUGAUUCGGCAUGGUAUACUCCACUCCGCUCUUGCAUAACUACACCAAGCCAAAACUUCAAGAAAUUGGGACUACAAUCUACUCCAAAAUGGCCUAAUCGGCUGCAUAUAACUCCAGAGCGUGUCUCUAUGGUUCCAAGUGGCAGCUCUGGUGGGUUCAAGCACGAUGACAAUAAAUGGAAGGUGAGGGUGAAACACUACAAGACCUUGCUUCCUGCUCUCGGAAGUGAUAAAAUUCGAAAUAUCAUGGAUAUGAAUACAUUGUACGGCGGGUUUGCAGCAGCACUUAUCAACUCUCCUGUGUGGGUAAUGAACGUUGUUUCUUCUUACGGAGUAAAUUCCCUUGGUGUGGUCUAUGACAGGGGACUGAUUGGCACCUACCAUGAUUGGUGUGAGGCAUUCUCAACUUAUCCUCGAACAUACGAUCUGUUGCAUCUUGAUGGCUUAUUUACUGCAGAAAGCCACAGAUGUGAGAUAAAGUAUGUGCUCCUUGAGAUGGACAGAAUCCUGCGACCAAAUGGAUAUGUUAUAAUCCGUGAAUCUAGCUAUUUUAUAGAUGCAGUAGCAACCAUUGCUAAAGGGAUGAGAUGGAAUUGCCAGAAACAUGACACUGAAUACAAUGUAGAGAAAGAGAAGCUGUUAAUAUGUCAGAAGAAACUUUGGUAUCCGAAGAAGAGUCAGCAAUAAGGUAGUAAGAGCCAACGAAGGCUUAGCAAAAUUCCAAGUAGAACUACACGGUAUAGAAAAUCUUCAAAUUCUUUUUAUGGAAAUAUGCAAUUCAGUGCACACUCAUUUCAUAAUUAUGAAGAUUUCCAGACAGAAGUGUCUGCUUUAUUCCCUCAGCUGGCCAAACGCAUUGUCUCAGAACACCCACAAUAGAUUACUGGAAUAAUAGUCAUUAGAUUCUGGUUGUCGUAUUCUUUAUUAAAGGACAACAAUGUUAUACUUGUAAUGUGUUAGGAGUGCAAGGCUCAUAAUCAAUUGUAUUUCACAUAUGUUUUGAUAAGUUUUGGGGAUAUUGGUUGAGGGCAAAUAAGUAUAUCAUUAGCAAAGAGCAAAAUGUUUGUUCAGACAUUAUCAGGUGUUUCUGUGUAAACUUGCGGACAUUUUCUCGAUCUUCUCCUCGGGAUUGUGAAAUAUGAACUUGAAAGCUUUCAUUGAUUACCACAAUGUAUGGAUCUAAAUUUCCUAAUUUAU